AUGGCAGUCUUAGUAACCGGGGCAACUGGUUUCAUUGCCCAGCAUGUGAUCAAGGAACUAUUGAAACAAGGGUAUGACGUGAUUGGGACUGUGAGAUCAGAAGCCAAGGGAAAAUACUUGUCGGGCUUGUUUGAUUCAACGCGCUUCACCUAUGCUGUUGUGUCUGACGUGGUUGCGAAAGGAGCUUUCGAUGAAGUCCUUGAAUCUCAAAAGGAUAUCGAAACCUUCAUCCACACCGCCAGUCCAGUUGAUUUUCAAGUCAAAGAUGUACAGAAAGCGCUUUUGACACCAGCAAUCGAGGGAACAAAGAAUGUAUUAAAUGCAAUUGAGAAGUAUGGAAAUGUGAAAACCGUCAUUGUUACUUCAUCGACGGCAGCAGUUCGUGAUUCCAGUGGAAAUAGAGACCCCGAUGAAAGGAUCACUGAGCUGACGUGGAACAAAAUCACAUUGGAGCAAGGGUUGGCUUCAGGUAGAUUGGGCUACGACGCAGCAAAAACCUUUGCAGAGAAGGAGGUGUGGAGGUUUGCCGAGAAGCACGAGCAAAAUUUCAAUGUCAUUACAGUGAACCCUACUUUUGUCUUUGGACCACAAGCGUUCGAAAUAAAGGAUUUGAACAAUCUCAAUGAGUCAGCUGAGAUGGUUAAUCGUGUAUUGAAGUUGAAGUCUACAGACACAAUUCCCCACCAUGUUAGUAGAUUCAUCGAUGUGCGUGAUGUGGCAAAGGCUCAUGUUGAGGCCGUAAAGAGACCUAACGAGCUCAAAGGUACGAGAUUAAUGCUUCUCAGUUACGGGUGUACGAAUGAGUUGAUUGCCUACAUAAUUAACCAGCACUUCCCAAGUGUUGAUAUUCCGAAAGGGCUGAUGCAGACACAUGAGCAGCAAUUGAAAGUAGGGGAUAUGAAGUGGGACAAUUCCAAGACAAAGUCUCUUUUGAAACAUGAGUUUAUUUCUUUAGAGGAUUCAAUUGUCGAUACAGUGCAACAAAUCUUGGAUGCAAAAGAAUGUAAUUGUGCAGUUAAAAAAAAACUAUAG